AUGUUUGACCUAGGGCCACGCCCCUCUCCCCCAACCAAUCCUGGAACAACGAACACUAUUCACGCGGACAGGGCUCUUACUCCUUUCCGUUCUGCAGGGAGAAGGGAUGGAGGAUCCGUAGCUACGAGGGCCACAGUGGUGUUGACAUCAGCGGGUCUUGCUCGCAGACUCCUGAAUCUAUGUAGCCAGAGCUGUGGUCCUGGAUUUCAUAAAAUUCUCCUUGAAAGAAUACCUGACUGUUUUCUUUGUGUUUCCUUCACAGACAGAGCCAUUUCAAAUCAAACAGAUGCAGAGCAUUGUGCCAAGUGCCCAAUUCAGGAGUAUCCAAACAGUGAGAGAACACACUGCCUCCCCAAGUCUGAAACUUUCCUGGCUUUUGUAGAUUUUGGGGGGAUGUCCAUGGCCUGCAUGACUCUGUUUUUCUGUGGUCACAGCUAUAGUCUUUGUGAAGCACGGACAUACUCCCACAGUCAAGGUGAAUAA